AUGGAGAACCUUUCUCCGUCUAUCUCCCUCCGCCCGACUACUCCAUCUCACUUUCACUUCCUAAUCCGUGCACUCAAGUCACGGAAUGUCCCUACAAUGUCACAAGACGAUUACGCAGUCACCAAAGCAAGAGUGUUUAAAAUCCUGGACCAGAGCUCAUGGCGCCGACCGUCUCAGAACGGGCGUACUAUCCCGAAUGAGUUCAGCCCCACGGUCAUGGAAUACGUCGAGGAGCUGAACCGGACAGACUUGCCUGGUGGCGCGACCUCGAGUUCCGUGCACCUCAAUCUCUCACAACGGGAGGAGCGCGCUGUGGAUGUCUGCAACAGCUUCCUUGAGCAGAUGGGAAAUUCGGACCUUCUCUCCGAUCGACUAAAGGGGUGCGAUGUACAGUUUGCCAGGCUGCUGACUACGAACUUCGAGGUGAAAGGCCACCCGCAUGUUGUGGUUCGGCAUGCUUGUCAUCUGCUGAGAAGAUUACCAGUAACUGCGGCACCUUUGCUGAUCGAUGGAUUCAACCGACAUGAGGACUACUUGCUAAGGGAUGCUGGAGUGCUGUCGUCGAGCGCAAACCGCCGACUCAUGACAACUCGAUACAUUGACAGCAACACGAUUCGAUUUGCGUUACACAUCGCGUACAGAUGGCAAGAUCCUUCACCUUGGCAUGACCCCUACCGUAAAUUUGUCGACCUAUGCGGCGACUUGUUCGCAGGCUCUACGAAACUGUCUCUGAACUGGGGGAGACUUGAUCCAACGUAUGCCACAAACGUAUGUCUGCUUCGCAUCUUCUUGUGGUCUGCUUGGCAACGGUCUAUAAUGCUAUACCUGUGGGCUGUGAUGGAUCACCACCUCAACAACACAAGGUCCCAACGUGAUGGUAUGUUUGCCAUCGGCAACACUCCUUUGUUGCAACGGACGAUGCAAAGAUCGAGCGAAGCAGCAGCGACUAACGGAGACUUGGAGAUGCCACAAAUACCACCUUACAUGUGCCAAUGGGCUUUUCGGCUACUGCGAGAGGACAUUGGCUCGGUCGCACAAGACUUCCGUCAGUUUCAGCUGAGGUAUAAGGUCGUUUUUGGACAGCAGAAUCCUCGCUGCGUUUUCUCUGGGGAUUCAAAUGAGCCCACGCGACAGUGCAAAGGGGACUCGCCUUUUACUUGCAACAGACUCAGAGGCAUGAAGACUCAAGAUCAGUCGGCGCACGCUCCACAUUGUCCAGGCACUACCUGUACAAAGAUGUUUUGGGACGAAGUCAACUACAAGCAAACCAGCGGUGCUCGUGCUGUGGAAGUUCAUCCAAAUCAGCCUGACAAAUUGACCUAUCGCUCAGCGACGAGUGCUACAAUGGCGAUUUCUCAUGUGUGGAGUCACGGGCAAGGUGGACGGCCGGAGCCGCUCGAAGAGAAUGGAACGGGCUUCAAUCGGUGUCUUCAUGAACGUUAUUCGCAGCUGGCGUCUACCUUCGCGUGCGAAACUUACUGGAUGGAUACACCUUGCAUUCCCCAUGACCGCAAUCUCCGCCGGGAAGCUAUCGGACACAUCAACGAGAUCUUUGCAAUGGCAAAAGUGACGCUUGUGUGUGAUCGAGAUAUCAUGUCAAUCGACAUAGACCCAAGCGGUGACACCCAAGGAGGCAAGGAGAUCGCGAUCGAUGACAUCCCUAUGGCAAUCCAGGAAACGGUAUUGACCACAUUGCUGGUGUGCGACUGGAAUCUGCGAGCCUGGACAUUCCUCGAAGCUAUGCGGGGCAGUCGCAACAUUUGUCUCCUGUGCAAAAAGGACAAUGUCGUCUUACUUAGAGAUGUUAUCAAUAAUGUCCAUCAUAAUGGAUGCAUCGAUAUAUCAACGCUUUUCGUGAACGCAUUGCACCUGCUACCGGCAACAGAUAUCAAGUGGUGGAGCAAAGUUGCUCCAGCAGCCGCAAAAGCUGCAGGCUUCUUGGAGUCUGUUGACUUAGUGAAUGCAACAUAUCUUCUAAGUCAUCGUUAUACUUCCAAACCACGCGAUGAGAUAGUGAUCUGGAGUCUGUUGUGUGGCAAGAAGCCCUAUGACAAUGCCAUUGAUCUCUGGUCAGCGCAUCUUGGCGGCUGGGUUCCCACAGAGUACCUCAUGAACAACCUUCCCCGUAUUCAGAACACGUCGAAGGGCAAGGAGAUACAUCUGGGCUGGGCACCGAGCCGUCCCAACUUCCCGGAGGAGUGGUCGAUCGUUGAGAACCCCAGGUACUUCACGCUUAGUAGUACCGGUAAUUGCGCAGAUGGGAACAUAACACAAGACGGUCUUUCUGCUGAAUGGCUCUAUUACGACUUCAACUGCUAUCUGUCGUUCAGGUUCUUGAGCGCUAGAGCAGAUUCUGCGAAGGGGAUCAUUCACUCCCUGGUUAAAAAACAUCUAUGUGGUUACUGGGCUGGGGCUCUUGUGCGGCCUUGUAACGAAAUGGGCUCGCCUUUACCGAAUAGAAGCACAGCGAACGGGACUUUAGUCGCUGUCUUGGGUAUAUACCGGACCGGCAUAUACCAUUGGAAAGCGAUAGUCGACUGGCCAAGCACCAUACCUCUUCCACCAAUGCGUACGGAAAAGAUCACGAUCUCGUAG